UAUUUAUCAUUUCGAGGUCGAAGCGGCAUUCGCCACCCAUAAAAUCUGAGAGAGAUUUAAAGGCCGAAUCUCUCUUUCUCCUUCAAUUCUUUCGAUUUCUCUCUCUGAUCUUGUUAUUUUGGCCAAUCGCUGCCGUCCUCCGACACAAAAGUCAUGGGGACGUCCACAAUUCUCUCAGAUCUCGGCACUGAAAUCAUUAUCCCAAUCUGCGCAGUUGUCGGAAUUAUCUUCUCUCUCUUCCAAUGGUAUCUAGUCUCCCAAGUCAAACUCUCGCUGGAGAAACCCUCCGCCGACGACAAGAACGGCUACACGGAAGCGUUGAUUGAGGAAGAAGAAGGAAUCAACGACCACACCGUUGUUCAGAAAUGCGCUGAAAUUCAGACCGCUAUUUCCGAAGGAGCAACCUCCUUUCUAAUGACUGAAUACCAAUAUGUUGGUAUUUUCAUGGUGAUUUUUGCUGUUCUAAUCUUUGUAUUUCUGGGAUCUGUUGAGAGUUUCAGCACAAGUAGCAAAGUAUGCACAUACGACACCACCAAAAUGUGCAAACCUGCUCUAAUGACAGCUGUCUUCAGCACUGUCUCCUUCAUCCUUGGAGCUGUGACUUCAGUGAUUUCUGGGUUUCUUGGAAUGAAAAUUGCCACAUAUGCAAAUGCCAGAACUACCCUUGAGGCUAGAAAGGGUGUUGGGAAGGCUUUCAUUGUUGCAUUCAGAUCUGGAGCAGUUAUGGGGUUCCUUCUUGCUGCAAAUGGUCUUCUUGUGUUGUAUAUCACCAUUAAUCUUUUCAAGAUUUAUUAUGGUGAUGAUUGGGAAGGUCUUUUUGAGUCUAUUACUGGUUAUGGACUUGGUGGUUCUUCCAUGGCUCUUUUUGGUAGAGUUGGUGGUGGUAUUUAUACAAAAGCUGCUGAUGUCGGAGCUGAUCUUGUUGGAAAGGUUGAAAGAAAUAUUCCCGAAGAUGACCCUAGAAAUCCAGCGGUUAUUGCUGACAAUGUGGGUGACAAUGUUGGAGACAUAGCUGGAAUGGGAUCUGAUCUUUUUGGGUCAUAUGCAGAGUCUUCAUGUGCAGCCCUUGUUGUUGCUUCCAUUUCCUCAUUUGGAAUUAACCAUGAGUUCACUGCAAUGAUGUACCCUCUGAUUGUGAGCUCUGUAGGCAUCCUUGUAUGCUUAAUCACUACCUUGUUUGCCACUGAUUUCUUUGAAGUCAAAACCGUGAAGCAAAUCGAACCUACUUUGAAAAACCAACUCAUCAUUUCAACUAUUCUUAUGACCAUUGGUGUUGCACUUGUUAGUUGGGUUGCUCUUCCUUCUAGCUUCACCAUCUUCAAUUUUGGAACACAAAAAGUCGUCAAGAACUGGCAAUUGUUCUUGUGUGUCUGUGUUGGUUUAUGGGCUGGACUUAUUAUCGGAUUCGUAACUGAGUACUACACUAGCAAUGCUUACAGCCCCGUGCAAGACGUCGCCGAUUCCUGCCGUACCGGAGCCGCCACAAACGUAAUCUUCGGCCUCGCCCUCGGAUACAAAUCCGUGAUCAUCCCGAUCUUCGCAAUCGCCGUCAGCAUCUUCGUGAGCUUCACCUUUGCCGCCAUGUACGGAGUCGCAGUCGCCGCCCUCGGAAUGCUCAGCACCAUCGCCACUGGUCUCGCCAUCGACGCGUACGGUCCCAUCUCCGACAACGCGGGUGGAAUCGCCGAAAUGGCCGGAAUGAGCCACCGCAUUCGCGAACGCACCGACGCCCUCGACGCCGCCGGAAACACCACCGCCGCCAUCGGAAAGGGGUUCGCAAUCGGAUCCGCCGCGUUAGUCUCCCUCGCGCUAUUCGGCGCGUUUGUCAGCCGUGCCGAGAUCACAACCGUUGACGUUUUAACUCCCAAGGUUUUCAUCGGUUUGAUCGUGGGCGCGAUGCUUCCGUAUUGGUUCUCGGCUAUGACUAUGAAGAGUGUCGGGAAGGCUGCGCUUAAGAUGGUGGAGGAAGUUAGGAGACAGUUUAAUGAGAUUCCUGGGUUGAUGGAGGGAACUGCUAAGCCUGAUUAUGCCACGUGUGUUAAGAUUUCUACUGAUGCUUCUAUUAAGGAGAUGAUUCCACCUGGUGCUCUUGUUAUGUUGACUCCUCUUAUUGUUGGGAUUUUGUUUGGUGUUGAGACGCUUUCUGGUGUUCUUGCUGGAUCUCUUGUUUCUGGUGUACAGAUUGCUAUCUCUGCAUCCAACACUGGUGGUGCUUGGGACAAUGCUAAGAAAUAUAUCGAGGCGGGUGUUUCUGACCAUGCAAAGUCACUUGGACCAAAAGGGUCUGACGCACACAAGGCAGCUGUGAUUGGAGACACUGUUGGGGAUCCUUUAAAGGACACAUCAGGACCAUCACUAAACAUCCUCAUCAAACUCAUGGCUGUUGAGUCUCUUGUGUUUGCUCCAUUCUUCGCCACCCAUGGAGGACUUCUCUUCAAGAUCUUUGAGUAAGGAUACGAAUUAUAAUCCCUCCCCCUCUUGUUUUACUAUUAGCCUUUUGAGUAGGCCUAUCGUGUUGUGUCGUGUCAUCUGUUUAUUUAGUUAUAUUACUUCAAGUGUUUGUUUAUUUUUGGAGUCGUUUAGCAUCUUUAAAACUUGUCAUGUGUCUAUUUUUGAUGUUUUGUUUCGGCACUUAGCAAAUUUUCCAUUUGGGAUUCGAUGAUGUAUUGCUGCUACUAUGACAUGAUUGAUGAUGAUAAUGAUGAUAAGUAGUCCAUCUCAUGAUGAGUUUGAAUA